AUGCGCUUCUCCACCACCGCCGGCCUUGCCCUCGCCCUUCUGCUCGGCACCGUUGCCGCUGCACCCAUCGCAGUGGAGAGCGACGAAUUCCACCUCGACUACAUCUACACACAAAAGAAGGACGCCAUCAAGAGAGCCGACGAGCCGGCUGGGGAUAUCCAUCUCGACUACAUCUAUACCCAGAAGAAGGAUCAGAAACGAGACGAGCCGAUCCACCUCGAUUACAUUUAUACGCAGAACAAGGACCAGAAGCGUGAUGAGCCGCUGCACCCUGACUACAUCUACACGCAGAAGAAGGAUCAGAAGCGGGGAAAUCGUCUUGUAGACGUCAUUAUUGCUGAGGGCGGCCCAGGAAACUAA